CUACACGGACGGUCAGCUGAAGACUCAUUGGAGUACUUCAUAUAUUUUACGCUUACUUCAGCGUUGAUAGUUAGUGGAGACAGUGAAUUACGGCGAAUACGAUAGGUUUGCUGCACUGAGGACUUGGCAAAAUGAAUCCAUCAUGUUCUCGUUGUAAAAAGACCGUUUAUCCGGUGGAAAAGCUGAAUUGCUUAGACAAGUAUUGGCACAAAGGAUGUUUUUCUUGCGAGGUUUGCAAAAUGACUCUAACGAUGAAGAAUUAUAAGGGAUACAACAAGUUACCCUACUGCUCAGCGCACUACCCCACUACAAAAUUUACAGCAGUGGCUGACACACCAGAAAACCUACGUCUGGCUUCAAAUACAAAGAAACAGAGUAACAUUCAAUAUCACAAGGACUUUGAAGCUCAAAAAGGGCAUUACACAGCAGUUGCUGAUGAUCCAGAGACAAAGAGGGCUCAGGAGAGCAAUAAGAUUGCAAGCCAGGUAGCAUACACUCAACACUCCUCAGGACAGAGUCGUCUCGGCAUUCAACAACGUACUCAGGAAGAAGUGAGACAAAUCCAGACUCAGCGACGCAUGUCUCAAGAGCAUCCAAUGGCAGGAGAUCUACCAUAUCAACCUCCACCACAAGCAUACAUGCCAGAACCUUCGCCACCACCACCAAAUCCUGCUCCAGUAUCAAGUGGAACGCAGAAAUAUGAGGCCAUGUAUGACUACACGGCAGCAGAUGAUGACGAGGUCAGCUUUCUAGAAGGUGACUUGAUCAGUGAGGUGACAGUGAUUGACGAUGGGUGGAUGGAGGGGCGGGUGGAAAGAACAGGGCAGUAUGGAAUGCUGCCUUCAAAUUACGUCGAACUUGUCUAAUCAAGAGAUGCAGCUUUAUUUUGCCUGAGAGCCAGAUUGUUAGUUGCAUUUGUUAGGGAAAGAAUUAAAAUAGUGAGUUGAACUUUUGUUACUGGUGAUGUCAGUAGAAAUUUUCUUGACUAAAAUUAUAAUAUUGAUGACUCGUUUAGUUUACUUUAAUUUUGAGCCUUUUGCACUAGAUGUUUCAAAGUUGUCAUAAAUAGGAAAGUACACAUGUAUGUUAGAACACAUGUAUGUUAGAACACAUGUAUGUUAGAACCUCAAUUAUUUUUGAAAUUGUAUUACGUUCACAAUGAAAAUGUAAUGUUAUUGACUUGGUUAAGAAAUCAUCUACAGCACUGAACCAGGGGAAUGUCAGGAAAGCAUGAAAUUAAUUAGUCACAAACAGAAAAAGUUUAAAUGUGACUUUGCAGUGGUUCAAAGAUUGUGAAUUACUACUCAAACCAAUCAUCCUCCAUUCAUAAUGGAAGGUUACAUUAUAGAUGUUGAUGGCUUGGGUAGUGGUGUGAGCUUUUGUAUAUUAAUGUUUGGUGGUCUCCUUGAAGAAUAGAAAGAAAGUGGAAGAUGGCGGAACCCUAUUCCUUACAUCUUUGUUCUGUGUUAGCCAUAAGAAGAUGCUCUCAUUUUAUGGGUGUCUGCAGAAAGAGUACCCUCUGAGAGAAAUUCAUGUAUUUGAGAUAUCUAGGUAACAAACAGUGAAGGAAAUUAAUGUAAUUUAAUGUAGGGUAGAAUUCAUGCCACAUAGAACAUGAACCCCUAAUUGGUGUUCAUUAUGGCCUGCUAAGAGUCAAAGCAUUUUGUUGGGGGGGGGGGUGUGCAAAAUCCCUCAAUAUUUAUCAUUUAAAGGUCAUAACUUUGUUUCAAGCGAAAGGUGAAAUAUUUUUUUUUCUAAUUAUUUUGAAACCUGAUAACAACUGAACAACAAGUCCAAACCACUUGUUUUUUCUUGUCAUCAGCCAUCACAAACUGAAUUGACUGCUAGAGUUGGUUAUCAAGUGAGACAUUUUUGUCUGCCACUAAGCCUGCUUUUCCUUUUCUGUGAAUGCUCAAGUAUCCAUGCCUAUUGAUCUGUAUGCAUGUGCUUGCACUUAUGCUGGCUUUGAGGCAGUUUUUGCUGGAAAAUGAGCAGUAGUACGCAUUUGCUUUUAUCAGUAGGGGCAGACAGGUCUUUCAACUCAAGGUUCAAGACAAAUCACAUGCAACAAAGAAAGAAAUAAGUCAGUGAGAGUUGAUGACUAGUUACUGAUCAGAGAUUUGGUAUCUGUUCAAUUUUUCUCUUUUUUUUUU